AUGGCAGGGGCUGCUGUAACUAGCUGGACAGGUGUUCUCUCGCCCGCUGGCACCAUCUGUCGCCGUGGCAGCGCCCGGCGGCGUGACCCGGGGAGCAGGCAUGAGAAGGAGGUGGUUCCAGAGCAGCAGCAGGCUUAUAACGAGGCUGCACAGAGCGAGAAGCAGUUGUCUCAUGCGGUACUGUUCAGAACGCUCGACCGCACCCAUCUUGCCGACCUAACGGUGUACUGCAAGUACUUCGGACGUCUGCCUGCUCGUGUCGGAAUCCGGAGGCUGGCCGGCCGACUUCACAGCCAAAGCGGGGCCGACACCCCCGGCCCGCCCCCGAUGCCGCCGGUCGGCCGCGGAAAUGCCCAGUGCCGUGGUGCUUCCCAAGAUGGGAAGGCGAGCGGUGGUGGCAUCAUGGCGGCGUCGUGUCAACACGCGGCAGCGAGCCGGCUUCCGCAAUGCCAAUUCUGGCAAUUCCGAGUCCACAGCAACCCGCGCGAGUUCCCGCGUGGCUUUGGCAAGCCCACGGAGCAAGGGAUGCGUACCCGGGAUCCUGGAAAUCUGCAAGCUGCGUACCGAGGUACACUAGCGGGGUGA